CGUCUCGCUAUUGGGACACGCUUUCUUCUGCAGCUGCUCUCUCUCUCUCUCUCAUCGAUUACGUUCUGCAGUGCACUUGGGUACUGCACGAGUCGCAGACGCACCAAGAUCGAUACCUGCGUAGAUAUCAUCUCCGCUUGGCACAUGCUCCAUUGCCAGCCGAGAGCUGCGGACACCUGUACGACUGGCCAGUCUUCUCUCGGGAGGCAACGCGCGACUGUCAGCGCAGCUCGCCCAACUACGCCACUCGCAAAAACAAACAACGUGGAAAUGAAGCAAAAGUGAAGUACGAUAUCGUGCCUCGAGACCACGUGCAAUCUUGGACAAAUUAACGUCAAAACAGGGACGAUGCUGCUGGUCGCGAUAGUCUGGUGCCUCCUCUUCGCGGAAGGACGAAGCGAGCCACCGCAGUGCUGCGGCCCAAACGUCUUGUGGCUGAACAACACGCAAAACUGCAACGAUGGAGGGAUCGUCCAGAUGGACUGUUCCUUGUCGUUCCUUCUGCAAACCAGCAUAGAGCCCAGCUUGACGUUCACAUUCGUCGAGGAGCACAACGAGACGUGGCUCGUUCUCAACGAUACCGAGCACGCGUCCGACGACUGGCAGCGCAUACCGUCCAACGAAUACUGCGUGACCAAAUCCACUCAAGUGCCGAACGAACUGGUGGCCCUGGUCUGCUUCACCGAGUCACCCUACGCGGAGUACCAACGAUUUAGGGAGCUCAUGUUCGGCUUCUGCGGCGCGCUAUCCAGCUUGUUUCUCUUCCUCACCUUCUGCAUUUACGUUCACUUGCCGGAAUUGAGGGAAGUGCAGGACAAGGCCAUAACGUCGAUGGUAGCCGCGUUCGCGGUGGCUUUUUUCUUCAGCUCGAAUCUGCGAAUCUUCCCCAGCCACUCGGGUACAAUUAUAUGCGUCGUUUUGGGAUUCGCAAUGUACUACGCGUACAUGUGCGCCUUCUUCUGGCUCAACAUCAUAUCGUUCAACAUCUGGAAGUCGGUCUGGUACCCGAGCUGUUCACCCGAUCGAAAGUUCAUGUUCCUCGUGUACAGCUUGGUCGGAUGGCUGACGCCUCUGGCGUUUCUGCUCGUCGCCGUGGCCUGUCAUCACGGCUUGGAGAUCGUCCACCCGUUCAACCCUGGCAUGGGCGAAAUCGGCUGCUGGUUCGCGGGAAAGCACUCGAAUUGGCUGUUCUUCUACGGGCCGGUUCUCUGUCUUUUGUGCGCGAACCUCGUCUAUCUGGCUCUGACCAGCUACAAGCUCUGGCACCAGUACAGCGGCUUGUCGAGCGACGACGACAACCGACUCAACACCCUCAGACUCAAGUGCUGCAUGUACCUCAAGCUCGCCUUUCUCAUGGGCUUCACCUGGUUAUUCGAGAUCGGAUCCUUCGUCUUCGGGGAUGGCCGCGACGUAUACUGGUUGGCAACGGACGUUCUCAACGCCCUUCAAGGUAUCAUCAUGUUCUAUAUUUUGGUGCUGUCGAGAAACAAAGUGAAAAAAGCUCUGGCCACGAGACGACCUCUCGGCAUCAAUUUUCCAAGGUCGUGGUUGGCGUACGACGAGCAGCUGGAGAAACCAGGCCCGAUCGAGCUCGAACUCUCCAUAGCAUAAAGGCUUUUCGCGACGAUCUAGCCGAGCUAGUUCGCAGGGACAAAACUCGACUGCACCAGAAAAUAAUGUCCGAUCGACUCGCAUACGUCUGCGGCUUUUGGUCAAUUAUAACGUAGAGGAUUUUAAUCAUAAUUAUUCUUACUACACUCGUGCAGAGCCAACGCACAUAACUUCUGUUGGAAAACAUAUCAUUAUCCAAGCUUAAGGUGCCAUAUAUAAACAGAUAUAUUUUGUCGCCUCGUCGAUUGCGAACAAGACGCACAAAAACUUUUCGAAAGCGUUUCACAAACAUUUCCAUUCGAUGGUUUUAUAAUUACCUCUACCGCUUUUUGUACCGCGCAUAAUUCAAUUAUUUCUUCUUUUUCCACUCUGUACAUUGAGAUAUUAAGUGUAUGUGUGUAAUAUGUGUGCCUGUGCUUUGCAACAUGUCAUUUUAUAUACGAGAGGAAAAAUCAUCGACUUAAAUAGUUUUAACACACACAUUAUAAUUGUAAAUUGUCCCACUGUACAUAUAAUGAUAAUAAAAAUAAAUAGCUGUGA